AUGUUCUACAUAAAGAUAUUAAAAAAAAAAAUACAGAAAUGCAAAAAUUGCAAGAAAGGCAAGAAAUUAAAAAAAAAUUCAAUUUUAAUUACGAUUACAUGUAAUAUAACUGUUAAUAUUUCAGCGUUCAAGAAUGUAGCACAUGCAGGCGGCCUCCGCGAAGGACAUGAACACAAGCCCAUAAAAACAGCGGCACACCACGGAAUCUUAAAAAUGAAGAGAUUGCAUGUGAUUAUAUUUCAAAAGACCAGGGGGGAAAAAAAAAUGUACACAAAUAAAUGCAUAAAUGAACGAUCAAAAGGAAAGUUAAAAAAAAAUAAUAAAAAAUAUAACAGCUUCGUAAAAUUAAAAAAAUAUUGCGUAAAUCUUAAAAAAAUAAUUUCGCUAAAAUUAAAAAAUAAAGUCUACACUUCAAUGCAAAAAAAAAAGGCAUAA